GCAAACCCUACUUUUUUUUAUCUCGCCGCACCUCCUCCGAUUUACGUAAGCGUCAAUACCUUGGUGCGCUCCGCCUCAGCUCUACUGCGGUCGAUGCUCCGCUCUGGCGGCGGUGACCUGAUCCAGGCGGGCCGGAGAGAGGAAGGCCUCUUUCUUAAACGGUGUUCGCCCUCCUCCCAUCUCGCCCUCUCCUCGCCUCGCCUCCUUUCAUGUCUUCCCUCGGCUUCCCCUUCUCUGCUGGCCUCCUUUGGACCGGGUUCCAAGUACUGAUUUCCUCUCCAUACCAUUCUUCCCCUAUACGGCUCGCUGCCUCCUCUGAUCGACGAAGAAAAGAAGCUCUUUUUGAAAAUUUUCCGUUGUUUAGUGGUGGUUCUUUGGCUCUGCGGUGAGAAUGAGUGAUCACAAGGUCCUAUUAUUUGGGUCAUUCACUGAGGAUGAGACUAGGUUCUUUCAAAGUCAGUUAGUUGAAAACAAUGUGCGUCCUUUGGAGAAGGCAAGAUCGCAGUUUGGAUCUUUAAAUUCUGCUUCUCUAAAUUCAUCUGAUGGUUCCAGUGCUGAACCCAAACAAACUGAUUCAUCUGUAAGUUCAAAGAAUGUCCAAGGUUCAAAGCUGGAUUCGAAGGACGAAAGGACCAAGAAUGAAAAGGCCAAAAUAAGUAAUAAUUUCGAAAGGGAUACUGGGGCUCAAGCAAAUGGAAGCCCUAACUCUUGUCUUUCCCAUGAUAAUGGGAUUACUGAAAAUGGGAGCGAUACUCUAGAUUUAGCUUCUUUGCCAAUAUCUGAAACUGAAGCUGCCAAUACAGAGUUGCUAUCAAGCCCAAAGGUGCAUCAGAAUGGAAUUCAAACACCUAAACACAACAGCAUUUUAGUUGAUUCCUCAGCAGUUGUGAACUCUGUGUUGGAUGUUCCAAAAAUAUCGAGUGAGAAAACAAAAUCGUCUGACGGAAUACUUCCACGAGGCUUAAUAAAUUCAGGAAAUCUAUGCUUCCUUAAUGCAACCCUGCAAGCACUUCUCUCCUGUUCACCAUUUGUCCAGCUUUUGCAAGACCUAAGAAAUCAAAAUAUUCCUAAGAUUGGCUAUCCAACGUUAAAUGCAUUUGUGGAGUUUAUCUCUGACUUCGACAUGCCUGAUGAUUCAAGUGCAAAGAAUAAUGAGAGAGAAGUUCUUGAAACUGGGAAGCCUUUCAGCCCCAUUGUGUUUGAUCCUGUUCUGAAAAAGUUUACCCCUGACUUGCCAACUGGAAUAUCAAGCAGGCCAAGACAAGAAGAUGCCCAGGAGUUUUUGAGUUUUGUCAUGGAUCAAAUGCACAAUGAACUGCUGAAGCUUGAUGGCCAUUUCUCUGGUUCAAAUGGAGGAAAAUUGCCUCUGGUUUCUUAUGCUGAAGAUGAUGGUUGGGAAACUGUUGGACCAAAAAACAAGUCUGCAGUGACCAGAACCCAGAGCUUUGUGCCAUCUGAGUUAAGUGCAAUUUUUGGGGGUCAAUUAAGGAGUGUUGUGAAGGCCACAGGCAACAAGGCUUCAGCUACAGUUCAGCCCUUCCUUCUGCUCCAUCUUGAUAUUUUUUCUGAAGCUGUUCAUACUAUUGAAGAUGCACUUCAUUUGUUUUCUGCUCCCGAAACUGUUGAAGGAUACAGAACUUCAGCUGGCAAGGCUGCGGUGGUCAGUGCUAGCAAGUCUGUAAAAAUACAGACGCUUUCCAAGAUAUUGAUACUUCAUUUGAUGAGGUUUAGCUAUGGAAGCAAAGGAAGCACAAAAUUGCAUAAGCCUGUCCGGUUCCCCCUUGAGCUGGUACUUGGCCGUGAGUUACUUGUCUCUUCAUCAUCAGAGAGCCGGAAAUAUGAGCUGGUGGCCACUAUCACACACCAUGGUAGAGAACCCUCUAAAGGUCAUUAUACUGCUGAUGCCAGGUAUUCCAAUGGUCAGUGGCUUCGGUUUGAUGAUGCGUCUGUCACUUCUGUUGGUGCGAAGAAAGUCCUGCACGACCAGGCAUAUGUUCUCUUUUACAGACAAGUAUAGGUGGUUGAUGUAUUCUUUUUGUCUUGUUGGUUUAGCUAACCUCCAUGUUAAUACAAUUGUGGAAUUUGUGGGCUGAAAGAAACAAAUGCUGGGAAUAUAUGUAAAGCUAAGUAAACUGGAUUUUCCGGGUAUAUCUUCUUGUUUCUUACUCACAUGGUGGAAAAACGAACCUUUUGUAACAUUUUUAAGUGCUUAUUUAUUGUGCUGAUACAUAUAGGAGUGCAUCUUUUUGUC